CAUUGCGAAGCCUAAGGGAGUUUGGGUAUCAGUUUACACGGAGCCUUCAGUAAAUAAUCCGUCAGAGAUCCACGCCUUCGCCGUUCCCCGCUCCCUCUCCGCAGAGAAACCCUCCGGCACCUUCUUUCCUGCCGAGGUGCGGCCCGAGCUCCCGCGCGCACGUCUGCCCAGUUUCCUCUGCUAACUUGCUUUCUGCCCAUGAAGAGCCAUGCUUCGAGUGAUUGUGGAAUCUGCCAGCAAUAUCCCUAAAACGAAAUUUGGGAAACCGGAUCCCAUUGUUUCUGUUAUUUUUAAGGAUGAGAAAAAGAAAACAAAGAAAGUCGAUAAUGAACUCAACCCUGUCUGGAAUGAGAUUUUGGAGUUUGACUUGAGGGGUGUACCGCUAGACUUUUCAUCUUCCCUUGGGAUUGUUGUGAAAGACUUUGAGACAAUCGGACAAAAUAAAUUAAUUGGCUUGGCCACUGUAGCACUGAAGGACCUGAUCGGAGACCAGAACAGAUCACUGCCAUACAAGUUGAUCUCCCUGCUAAAUGAAAAGGGGCAAGAGACCGGGGCUACAAUUGACUUGGUGAUUGGCUAUGAUCCACCUUCAGCUCCAAAUCCAAAUGACCCCAGCCUGCCAGUCAUGGGAGGAGAAGAGGAGGAAGAUGGAGGUGAUGAAGACAACCCAGACCAUACAGCCAGGGUCCCGGGGCCCAGGGGGCCAGGCGGGACAGUGUCAGAAGCUCAGCUUGCCCGGAGGCUCACAAAGGGAAAGAACAGCCGGCGGAUGCUGUCCAACAAGCCACAGGACUUCCAGAUCCGUGUCCGAGUAAUUGAAGGCCGGCAGUUAAGUGGCAACAACAUAAAGCCUGUGGUCAAAGUUCACAUCUGUGGCCAGACACACCGAACAAGAAUCAAGAGAGGGAACAAUCCAUUUUUUGAUGAGUUGUUUUUCUACAAUGUCCACAUAACCCCUUCAGAACUGAUGGAUGAGACCAUCAGCAUCCGGGUUUAUAAUUCCCAUUCUUUACGGGCAGACUGUCUCAUGGGAGAAUUUAAGAUUGACGUUGGCUUCAUUUAUGAUGAACCUGGUCAUGCUGUCAUGAGAAAAUGGCUUCUUCUCAAUGACCCCGAAGAUGCCAGCUCGGGUGCUAAAGGUUACAUGAAAGUCAGCAUGUUUGUCCUCGGAACUGGAGAUGAGCCUCCUCCUGAGAAACAAGACCGUGAUAACGACAGUGAUGACGUGGAGAGUAAUCUGCUGCUUCCUGCUGGUAUCGCCCUCCGGUGGGUUACCUUCUUGCUGAAAAUCUACCGAGCAGAGGACAUCCCCCAGAUGGAUGAUGCCUUCUCACAGACUGUAAAGGAAAUAUUUGGAGGCAACGCAGAUAAGAAAAACCUAGUGGAUCCUUUUGUAGAAGUUUCCUUUGCUGGAAAAAAGGUUUGCACAAAUAUAAUUGAGAAAAACGCAAACCCUGAGUGGAAUCAAAUCAUUAAUCUUCAGAUCAAGUUUCCUUCAGUGUGCGAAAAAAUAAAACUAACAAUAUAUGACUGGGACCGUCUUACUAAAAAUGAUAUUGUUGGAACAACAUAUCUACACCUCUCUAAAAUUGCUGCCUCGGGUGGGGAAGUGGAAGAUUUCUCAUCUUCGGGAUCUGGGGCUGCAUCAUAUACAGCAAAUACAGGAGAAACAGAAGUGGGCUUCGUUCCAACAUUUGGACCUUGUUAUCUGAACCUUUAUGGAAGCCCCCGAGAGUACACAGGAUUCCCAGACCCUUAUGAUGAGCUAAAUACAGGAAAGGGGGAAGGAGUUGCCUACAGAGGCAGAAUCUUGGUUGAAUUAAGCACUUUUCUUGAAAAGACACCACCAGAUAAAAAGCUGGAGCCCAUUUCAAAUGAUGAUCUGCUGAUUGUUGAGAAAUACCAGCGGAGGCGGAAAUACAGCCUGUCUGCCGUGUUCCAUUCAGCCACCAUGUUGCAAGACGUUGGCGAGGCCAUUCAGUUUGAAGUCAGCAUUGGGAACUAUGGCAACAAGUUUGACACGACCUGUAAGCCUUUGGCAUCAACCACACAGUACAGCCGUGCCAUAUUUGAUGGGAACUACUAUUAUUACCUGCCUUGGGCCCACACAAAGCCAGUUGUUACCCUGACUUCAUACUGGGAGGAUAUUAGUCAUCGCCUGGAUGCGGUGAACACUCUUCUAGUCAUGGCAGAACGGCUGCAAUCAAACAUAGAGACCCUAAAAUCCGGAAUACAAGGUAAAAUUCCUGCAAACCAGUUGGCGGAAAUGUGGUUGAAGCUGAUCGAUGAAGUUAUAGAAGACACAAGAUACACAUUGCCUCUCACAGAAGGAAAACCAAAUGUCACAAUUCUUGACACUCAGAUCCGAAAGUUGCGAUCCAGAUCUCUCUCCCAGAUACAUGAGGCAGCUGUGAGAAUGAGGUCGGAGGCCACAGAGGUGAAAUCCACAUUGGCAGAAAUUGAGGACUGGCUUGAUAAAUUAAUGCAACUGACUGAGGAGCCCCAGAACAGUAUGCCUGACAUUAUCAUCUGGAUGAUCCGGGCAGAGAAAAGACUGGCCUAUGCACGCAUUCCUGCUCAUCAGGUUUUAUAUUCCACCAGUGGUGAGAAUGCAUCUGGAAAAUACUGUGGGAAAACCCAAACCAUUUUUCUGAAGUAUCCACAGGAAAACAACAGUGGACCCAAGGUGCCUGUGGAGUUGCGAGUGAACAUCUGGCUGGGCUUAAGUGCUGCUGAGAAGAAGUUCAAUAGCUUUGCAGAAGGAACAUUCACCGUCUUUGCCGAAAUGUAUGAAAAUCAAGCUUUGAUGUUUGGAAAAUGGGGCACUUCUGGAUUAGUGGGUCGUCAUAAAUUUUCUGAUGUCACAGGAAAAAUCAAACUCAAGAGGGAAUUCUUUUUGCCUCCAAAAGGCUGGGAAUGGGAAGGAGACUGGAUCGUUGAUCCUGAAAGAAGCUUGCUGACCGAGGCGGACGCAGGUCACACGGAGUUCACGGAUGAAGUGUAUCAGAACGAGAGUCGCUACCCAGGGGGCGAGUGGAAGCCGGCCGAGGACACCUACACGGACGCGAAUGGUGAUAAAGCAGCAUCACCCAGCGAGCUCACUUGCCCUCCAGGUUGGGAAUGGGAAGAUGAUGCAUGGGUAUAUGACAUAAAUCGUGCAGUGGAUGAGAGAGGCUGGGAGUAUGGGAUUACCAUUCCUCCUGAUAAUAAGCCCAAAUCCUGGGUUGCUGCAGAGAAAAUGUAUCACACUCAUAGAAGACGAAGGCUGGUCCGAAAACGCAAGAAAGACUUAACACAAACCGCUGCAAGUACUGCAAGGGCCAUGGAAGAAUUUGAAGACCGGGAGGGCUGGGAAUAUGCUUCUCUAAUUGGCUGGAAAUUUCACUGGACACAGCGUAGUUCAGACACCUUCCGCCGCAGACGUUGGAGGAGAAAAAUGGCUCCUUCAGAAACACAUGGUGCAGCCGCCAUCUUUAAACUUGAAGGUGCCCUUGGUGCAGACACCACUGAGGAUGGGGAUGAGAAGAGCAAGGAGAAGCAGAAGCACAGCGCCACCACCGUGUUCGGGGCAAACACCCCCAUUGUGUCCUGUAAUUUUGACAGAGUCUACAUUUACCAUCUGCGCUGCUAUAUCUAUCAAGCCAGAAACCUCAUGGCUUUAGACAAGGAUAGCUUCUCAGACCCAUAUGCUCAUGUCUCCUUCCUGCAUCGAAGCAAAACCACUGAGAUCAUCCACUCAACUCUGAAUCCCACAUGGGACCAAACAAUUUUAUUUGAUGAAAUUGAGAUCUAUGGGGAACCCCAAACGGUUCUUCAGAACCCACCCAAAGUUAUCAUCGAACUUUUUGACAAUGACCAAGUGGGCAAAGACGAGUUUUUAGGACGAAGCAUGUGCUCUCCUCUGGUGAAACUAAAUUCAGAAAUGGACAUCACACCCAAACUUCUCUGGUACCCAGUAAUGAAUGGAAACAAGGCCUGUGGGGAUGUUCUUGUAACUGCAGAGCUGAUUCUGAGGCACAAGGAUGGCUCCAACCUUCCCAUUCUUCCAUCACAAAGGGCACCAAAUCUGUACAUGGUCCCCCAGGGGAUCAGGCCUGUGGUUCAGCUCACUGCUAUUGAGAUUCUAGCUUGGGGCUUAAGAAAUAUGAAAAACUACCAGAUGGCUUCUAUCACAUCGCCCAGUCUCAUUGUGGAGUGUGGAGGGGAAAGGGUAGAAUCAGUAGUGAUCAAAAACCUUAAGAAGACACCCAACUUCCCAAGUUCUGUUCUCUUCAUGAAAGUGUUCUUGCCCAAGGAGGAACUGUAUAUGCCUCCGCUGGUGAUCAAGGUCAUUGACCACAGGCAGUUUGGGCGGAAGCCUGUUGUGGGCCAGUGCACCAUCUACCACCUGGACCGCUUUCGCUGUGACCCUUAUGCAGGAAAGGAAGACAUUGUGCCACAGCUAAAAGCCUCCCUUCUGUCUACUCCACCCUGCCGAGAGGUCAUUAUUGAAAUAGAAGACACGAAACCAUUACUGGCCUCAAAGUGUUUAAGCAGUAUGUCAACAGCACUCAGCAAAAUGGCUUCUCCAGCGACAGUGCAUGUAUGUAUGACAAGCAAAUGCAUGAGGCUGCCUGGGACUGCGGGGGCUUCAGAAUGUGUUGAUGGUUUUCAGGUGUAUGACUGUGAGCUGGAGGAAGUAACAGAAUUUGAAGGCUUGACAGACUUCUCAGAUACUUUCAAGCUGUAUCGAGGCAAAUCAGAUGAGAAUGAAGAUCCCUCUGUGGUAGGAGAGUUUAAGGGCUCCUUUAGAAUCUACUCGCUGUCGGAUGACCCCAGCAUGCCAGCCCCUCCCAGGCAGUUCCGGGAAUUACCUGACAGCGUCCCUCAGGAAUGCACAGUUAGGAUUUACAUUGUUCGAGGCUUAGAGCUCCAGCCCCAGGACAACAAUGGCCUGUGUGACCCUUAUAUAAAAAUAACGUUGGGCAAAAAAGCAAUUGAAGAUCGAGACCACUACAUUCCCAACACGCUCAACCCGGUCUUCGGCAGGAUGUAUGAACUGAGCUGCUACUUACCUCAAGAAAAAGAUCUGAAAAUCUCUGUGUAUGAUUAUGAUACCUUUACCCGGGAUGAAAAAGUGGGAGAAACAGUUAUUGAUCUGGAAAACAGAUUCCUCUCCCGGUUUGGGUCCCACUGCGGCAUACCUGAGCAAUACUGCAUUUCUGGAGUGAAUACCUGGCGAGAUCAAUUGAAACCAACACAGUUGCUUCAAAAUGUAGCCAGAUUCAAAGGCUUCCCACCACCCAUCCUUUCUGAAGAUGGAAAUAGGAUCAGAUAUGGAGGACGAGACUACAGUUUGGAUGAAUUCGAAGCCAACAAAAUCCUGCACCAGCACCUCGGGGCCCCUGAUGAGCGUCUUGCCCUUCACAUCCUCAGGACUCAGGGGCUAGUCCCUGAACACGUGGAAACAAGGACUUUGCACAGCACCUUCCAGCCCAACAUUUCCCAGGGAAAACUUCAAAUGUGGGUGGAUGUUUUCCCCAAGAAUCUGGGGCCACCAGGCCCUCCUUUCAAUAUCACACCCCGGAAAGCCAAGAAAUACUACCUGCGUGUGAUCAUCUGGAAUACCAAGGACGUUCUCUUGGAUGAGAAGAGCAUCACAGGAGAGGAAAUGAGCGACAUCUAUGUCAAAGGCUGGAUUCCUGGCAAUGAAGAAAACAAACAGAAAACAGAUGUGCAUUACAGGUCCUUGGAUGGCGAAGGGAAUUUUAACUGGAGAUUUAUUUUCCCAUUUGACUACCUCCCAGCUGAACAACUCUGUAUUGUUGCUAAAAAAGAGCAUUUCUGGAGUAUUGAUCAAACUGAAUUUCGGGUCCCACCCAGACUGAUCAUUCAGAUAUGGGAUAAUGACAAGUUUUCUCUGGACGACUACUUGGGUUUCCUGGAACUUGAUUUGCAUCACACCAUCAUUCCAGCAAAAUCAUCAGAGAAAUGCAAUUUGGACAUGACUCCAGACCUCAAAGUCAUGAACCCUCUUAAAGCUAAAACCGCCUCACUCUUCGAGCAGAAGUCCAUGAGAGGAUGGUGGCCGUGCUAUGCAGACAAAGACGGCACCCGUGUGAUGGCUGGGAAAGUGGAGAUGACGUUGGAAGUGCUCAAUGAGAAGGAGGCAGACGAGAGGCCCUCCGGGAAGGGACGGGACGAGCCCAACAUGAACCCCAAGCUGGACCCCCCAAACCGACCAGAAACCUCCUUCCUCUGGUUCACCAACCCCUGUAAGACCAUGAAGUUCAUUGUGUGGCGCCGAUUUAAGUGGGUCAUCAUUGGCCUGCUGGUCCUGCUGGUCCUGCUGCUCUUCCUGGCCGUGCUCCUGUACUCCUUGCCGAACUAUUUAUCAAUGAAGAUUGUGAAGCCAAAUGUAUAAUGAAAGCAAAGGCUUCUUUUCAAGAAUCUUCCAGCAAUGAGAGAAUUCUGGCUCUGUUUAUGGACCAAAAACCAAGAGAGCUUCUGUGUCCGAGACUACAUUCCAGUGGCAUGUGAUACUACUUCACCGAGGACCAUCAGCUCCCAGAGGGGCUAGGUCCUGGGAAGACAGGCCAACAAACAACAUAGUUUUAAAUCUUAUUAUCUUUUGGAGUAUUAAAAGUUUUAACUGUAUUUUCCGGAUAUUUUUAAGGUGGCUGGCUCCAUUUAAAAUUAAUUGUUUAUGUGUCAUUAGUUCUAUAAUUCAAUUUUUGGAAAUUGCUGAAAUUGAAUUUGAAAAUUUCUGCACCUAGACUUCAUAUAUUUCUUAUUUGUAGUCAACAAAAAGGACUGUGCAUUAUGCAAUAGUUAGAAUACUUAGAGUAAUUCUUAUUUAUACCUGCAACCAUUAUUAUAUUUUAUAUGGAUAAGUGUCAUGAGACUCUAUUCAGCCUCUGUGAUGAAACCAAAUAAAAAUGUUUCACCUUUGACCCAUAGGUGCUUGUUGAAGCUUAGGCCAAGUUGGGAAGGGGACAGUUAAUAGUACUCUGGGUCUCAGUGGAUGCAAUGCCACCAGCUAUCACUUGGCCAUAAACCCUUAUACAUGUGCUGCCAAAUCUUGGCCAGUGGGUCAAACUGAGGCUAAUCUAAUAAACAAUAAAAGCUAACACUUAUUAAAAGUG